UUCAUCGUCGUUUCUUUGCAGUUCGAUCGUUCCGAAUCACACGCGAGUGAUAUGUGUGCAUUGUAAUUCAUCCUAUCACUUCUGUUGGGGCUUGUGAUGUGUGCGAGUUAGCGAAGUACAUGAUUGCUUUAAAUGGCUCUCUUCGUUUGACGCUAUCGGACAUAAAGUUGCUGAAGAAAAAUGCACGGUUACGCUGAUCACUCGAGAUCACAAUACCCUGGCCCGAUUGGAAUGUUGGUUUGUCCCGUAUGCAACGGGCCUUGUCGCAAUCAGGAGCAUCAUAAACCAAUGUUCCGGCCUGUCCCACCUGUUUUUCCUCAAUUUCCCAUUCCGGAUCCAUCGAGAUUCUUAUCCGUUGAAAUUCAGGACGCUCCUCAGGAUCUCAAAAAAGCCUCGAAAGCUGGCGUUGCUGCUCGCCCCGUAACGAAGGGUAAAGCGAAGAAGACUCCCAAAGACUUGCCCCGGCCUUUCUGCUGUGAUGUUUGCGAUAAAACCUUUACCAAGGAUACGUAUUUAAUACAGCAUCGUAGGAUUCACACCGGAGAAAGACCAUUCGUCUGCGAAAUAUGCAAUAAAACGUUCACGCAAUCGGGUCAUUUGGUUAAUCACAAAAGGGUCCACGUUGGAGAUCGUCCAUUUACGUGUGAACUUUGCAACAAAGCUUUCGCACACAGUCGCAACCUGAUAAGUAACCGAGGAUCAUCCUUUUUCUGUCGUAGACAUCGUCGAGCGCACUCAGGAGAGCGCCCCUUUUCCUGCGACCAAUGUGGCAAAAGCUUUCUUCAGGCGGAGCACCUCAAUAAUCAUAGACGAAGAAUUCAUCAAGGGGAAAGGCUUUCUUGUCGUGAGUGUGGGAAAUCGUUCUCACAUGCUUUCAACCUCGAACGGCACGCUCGAAUACAUACCGGCGAACGGCCAUACGAGUGUAAUCACUGCGAAAAGUCGUUCAACCAAUCAACACAUUUGAAUAACCAUGUAAAAUGCCACGGGAAAUCCGGAAGUGACCGAGUCGGAAAUUCCGAAGAGAUUCUAUCGUCACCUGAGCCUGCUUUGCCCGCGGCAGGUCCAGGACCUAAGAUGCAAGAUUCUUUCUCUCAAACGAACGAAGGGAUGCCUCGCAGUGACGCGAAUCCUGCGAUCGUCAUUGUAUUGAACAUCCGUUUCUUGUAUAACAUUGUGCUUCUGGGGAAAGAUGUGUUUUGUAGAAUGCAGUUCGUGAGGCGAGAUGUGCAAGGAGGGUGUGAUGAAGGUCUGAGAUUGAUGAAUUACGGACUAGAUCGCAGGCAACUUCUGCCAUUAUCCACGGAUGGCCAGCAUUUCAACCCGCGUCCCUGUGAAAAUUCGUCUGUUGCCCUGCAGUGCUACUGGUGUACAAUAUGCGCUUUACGUUUUGCAACUCCGCAAGAAUGCAUAGAGCAUAUGAAAAUUGCGCACACCGUUCAAGUCGUGCAACCAUCUCAGUAUUCUUCACAUACAGUACCGCAUUCCUCGCCUGCUGUGAAAUGUGAGCUUAAGGCUGACGAGGAAACCGAAACAGACGAUAAGCCUGAAGACAAAGGUUCAAAGAAGAGUCGGAGGUAUGCUUGUGACGUCUGUCCGAAAGCAUUUAUGCAGGCUGGACAUCUUGCUAAUCACAAGGCAGUUCAUGCUGGAGGUGAGAAACCGUUUUCCUGUAGCGUUUGCAACAAGCAAUUUGCUCACUCGCGGAAUCUCGGACGGCACAUGAGAUGUCACACUGGUGAAAGACCUCAUGAGUGCAAUAUGUGUGGCAAACGAUUUUUUCAAGGAGAACAUCUUGCUCAGCAUAAGAAGAGUCACGAAGGGCCGACCCUGACAUACAAGAGCGCUCGAGAGCGCCACAAGAAGGAGAUGCACCGUGGUUCAGAUCAAAUUCCGGAAGCCCUCGAGCGGUCGCCGCAGUUGCCUGUAAACAUGAAUGUGGAUCAUAAAACUCGAGUGAUUGAGAAAGAUGCGUUGCAUAUCGCAAAUACGCGGAGCUCUGAUAUGCUUUGUACCUCGCAUCCUGUGCAAAAUGCUGUUCAAUCAUUGAUGGAUCAUGGAGCAUCGUCGGGAACUCUGAACAGUAACCGGAAGACGUGA